AUGUUAAUAAAUGCUAUAAUGUUUGAUUGUAUUGAAUAUCUACUUCGUGAUAAAACCGAUAAGGAAAAUCUUGAAUGUUUAUGUCAACUUUUACGUUCUAUUGAUAAAGAAAUUGAUACAGAAACUAAUCAAAAUAUAUUCGUCAUCCUCGUUCAUAGCCAGGGUGCUCGUAGUGGAAGUCGAGGUGGUAGUCGCUAUAGAGGUGGUACAAGUUAUGGAAGUGGCUGUCAAGGUUCAGAUUGUCGCAUAGUAGGAAUUGUCGUAGGCAGUGUAAUAGGUGGUAUAUUCGGUGUAAUCGCAAUCAUCUUUCUCAUUAUCUUUUGUUAUCGUCGAUAUCGUGGUCG